UCAAAAACCACAUCAAUAAGCCCAUGCCUCUUUGUUUUCUCCUUCACCAACGUAGGAAAUAUCACUGCAGGGAUGAAAUGUAAACCCACAACUCCAACAAAAUGUGCCACCAUGAAUUCUUUCAGUCCUGCCAGUGAACAAAUCACAGAAAUCGCCGCGCCCAAGAAAACGCCGAGGCCUGGCCGUCCCAAUUCGUGCCCUCUAACCCCGGUGGACUUCCUGGAAAGAGCCGCGACGGUGUACGGCGAUUGCCCGUCGGUGGUGUACAACGACACGGCGUAUACGUGGUCGGAGACCCACGAGCGGUGCUUGAGACUGGCGUCGUCCAUUUCGCGUCUGGGGAUCGAGAAGAACGACGUCGUUUCCGUCCUGGCGCCGAAUAUUCCGGCCAUGUACGAGCUCCAUUUCGCCGCGCCAAUGGCGGGCGCAAUUCUCAACACCAUUAAUCUCCGUCUUGACGCUAGGACAGUCUCCAUUCAGCUCCUCCACAGCGAGUCCAAGCUCGUUUUCGUGGACCGCCAAUCCAGUUCUUUAGUCCUGGAAGCCAUUUCUUUGCUCCCGACAACCUCGUUAUCUCAACGUCCCAUUUUAAUUCUCAUUUCUGACGAUGAAGAAAGCGAUUUUCGGGGUUUCCAUGAUUGUUACGAGAACAUGGUACGAGGAGGCGAUCCGGGGUUCAGUUAUGUGGGCCCGGAGAGCGAGUGGGACCCGAUAGCUUUAAAUUACACGUCCGGCACCACUUCUUCUCCCAAAGGCGUACUCUACAGCCACCGGGCGGCGUUUAGUGUCACAUUCACUAGUUUGCUUCAUUGGUGGGUCCCCCGGCAGCCUGUGUACUUAUGGACGCUGCCGAUGUUCCACGCCAACGGGUGGAGCUACACGUGGGGCAUGGCGGCGGUGGGCGGCACUAACGUUUGCCUCCGCCGCGUCGACCCUGCAUCCAUCAACGAUGCUAUUGAAAAACACGGAGUGACCCAUAUGUGCGGCGCGCCGGUGGUGCUUAACAUGCUAGCGAAUUAUAAUUGCGCUAAUAGAAAGCCGCUCGCCUCUCCCGUUGAUAUCCUCACGGCCGGGGCUCCGCCGCCGGCCGCCGUGCUUGAAAGGGUCGAGGCCUUGGGUUUUCGAGUGAGCCACGGGUACGGGCUGACGGAAACUGGGGGAUUAGCGGUGACUUGUGCAUGGAAACGCGAGUGGGAUAACUUACCGGCUCCGGAGAGAGCGGCGAUCAAGUCAAGGCAAGGAGUGAGAAGCGUUGGAUUCGCCGGCGCCGAUGUAGUGCACCCGCACACCGGAAAGAGCGUGAAACGAGACGGGAAUAUGGUCGGAGAAAUCGUGUUAAGAGGCAACAGCGUCAUGCUCGGGUACUUAAAAGAUCCGGAAGGAACCUCAAAAUGCAUGAAAGAAGAUGGGUGGUUCUAUACCGGCGAUGUUGGAGUGAUCCACCCUGACGGGUAUAUAGAAGUGAAAGAUAGAUUGAAAGAUGUUAUCAUUUGCGGGGGCGAGAAUUUGAGCAGCGUGGAGGUGGAGUCCGUUCUGUACAUGCAUCCGGCGGUGGACGAGGCGGCGGUGGUGGCGCGGCCGGACAAGUUCUGGGGGGAAACGCCGUGCGCUUUUGUGAGUUUAAAGAAAGGGAUGAUGGCGAAACCGACGGAGAAAGAGAUGAGGGAAUUCUGCAAGGAGCGUCUGCCGCUUUUCAUGGUGCCAAGAAAGGUGGUUUUCUUGGCGGCGCUUCCCAAGACGUCAACCGGCAAAAUUCAGAAGUUUUUGCUUAGGUAUUUAAGCUCUGCAGACGCCAUGAAUGCUAAUCUGAGUGCCAUUGGGGUUGAAAUUAAUCAAGCUUAGACAUCAUUUCCACUAAUUCUGGGCUCCAAGUUUGUUUUGUUUAGACCUUGUAAUAAUCUAUAAUAAUAAUGUGAAUGUGACAAUCUCUUAUAACUACUGCAAUUAACAAA